AUGAGUGUUGCAUUAGCUUCAGAGCUGCAGGAGCUUCUAAGUCUUGUCAGUGGUCAGGGAAACUGUGAAGAUGGCUCUUGUUAUCCAACCAUUGGGGAUCUUCUAGUGGGACGCAGUAAGCAGCUGUCAGCAUCUUCAACAUGUGGGCUGGAGGUGCCUCAGAGAUACUGCAUCAUCAGCUACUUAGAGGAUGAUCAGAAAUGUUUCAUCUGUGAUUCUAGGAAUCCAUAUAAUCAGUAUUAUUAUGCCAAUAGUCACCGGAUUGAGAAUGUCAUAUCAACAUUUGACCCAGAUUGGAAAAAAAAGUGGUGGCAGUCUGAAAAUGGGGUUGACCAGGUCAGCAUUAGACUGGACCUAGAAACAUUAUUCCAGUUCAGCCAUCUUGUGAUGACAUUCAAGACAUUUCGUCCUGCUGCAAUGCUGGUUGAGCGAUCACGUGAUUUUGGAAAGACGUGGAAGGUGUUCAGAUAUUUUGCGCAAAACUGUGAUUUAGAAUUUCUGGGCAUUCCUCAAGGUCAUGGUGACGAUGUAGGAGAUGUAGUCUGUGAUUCAAGAUAUUCUGACAUGGAGCCUUCUUCAGAAGGAGAGGUGGUCUUAAAGGCUCUUGAUCCCAGUUUUAUUAUUGAUGAUCCAUAUGAUGUCUACAUACAAGAUAUAAUUACCAUAACAAACUUAAGAAUUAACUUUACAAAGCUUCACACUUUUGGGGAUACAUUAGGCAAUGGAUGGCAAAGUGUACCCCAGGAAAAAUAUUACUAUGCAAUUUAUGAAAUGAUUGUCAGAGGAAACUGCUUUUGUAAUGGUCACGCCAGUCAAUGCAUCCCAGUAGACACCAUGAGUGGAGAUGGUUUUAAUGAACCUGGAAUGGUCCAUGGCAAAUGUGUCUGUCAACAUAAUACAGAUGGCCUAAACUGUGAGAAAUGUAAAGAAUUUUAUAAUGAUGCACCGUGGAGCCCAGCAUUUGGUUUUGAGGACAAUGCUUGUAAAAAAUGCAAUUGUAAUGGACACUCUGAUAUAUGCCACUUUGACAUGCUUGUAUACCAGGAAAACAAGGGCACCAGUGGCGGUGUAUGUGAGGACUGUCAGCACAACACCAGAGGAAAUCAGUGUGAACUGUGUAAAGCGUACUUCUAUCACGAUCCUCUCAGAGACAUAUCUGAUCCCAAUACUUGUAUCCCUUGUGAUUGUGAUCCAGAUGGUACAAAAGGUAAUGGCUUAUGUGAAGGUAAAACAGACCACAAAUUGGGAAUCGUUGCCGGGACUUGCUUAUGUAAAGAAAAUGUAGAAGGAAUUCGCUGCACUCAGUGUAAACCUGGCUACUUUGGACUUAACGCCAAUGACCCUGACGGAUGUCAAUACUGUGGAUGCAACCCUUUUGGAACCCUGCCCUUUUCAUUGUGUGAUGCCAUUACUGGGCAAUGCCAAUGUCAGAGCCUUGCAACAGGCCGGUACUGUGAGGAAUGUCUACCUGACUAUUGGGGACUUGGAAACAGUCUAUAUCCUUGUUCAGCAUGCAACUGUGAUAUUGGAGGUGCACAUAUGAGUUUAUGCUCACAAAGCACUGGUCAGUGUGACUGUCUUCCUAACAUUGUAGGACUUCAAUGUAAUGAGCCUGCAAAUGGAUAUUAUAUUGUGCCGCUAGAUUAUUAUAUUUAUGAGGCAGAGAAAGCCCAAGCACUCUCCGGAUCUGCAACUAUAGUUAACCCAACACCCAUGUCAAAAUGCAAAGAUUACUUCCUUAAACAAGGAAUAGAUUUCCGAAUUGAAAAUGAUAGGAUAAUACUGAGAAAUAUGAGGAAAAGAAGUGUAAUGUGUACUGAUUUAUUCCAGGAAAUUGUUCCAUAUGGCACAGAGGGUGUGGUGGAGCUGGUAUUGAGGCAGCCAAGUCCUGAAAAGCCUAUAACGUGGACAGGUCCUGGAUUUGCACGUGUUCUAAAUGGGGCUGGACUGAGAUUUACUGUGAACAACAUCCCUUACUCCAUGGACUUCAUCAUCACCAUUAGAUAUGAGCCAGAGUCACUGGAAGACUGGACAGCAAGAAUUACAAUUAAUCUACCGCAUGGUGUAGAGAGUGAAUAUUGCAAGAAUAGGACACCCUGGUCUGAGGGGUAUACAUUGAAUCUUCCUGCUACUUCAAGAUUAGCUAUGCUGAAUUCAUCUGUUUGCCUGGACCCUGGCAAAGAAUACCAAAUAGAUAUCUAUUUUUCUCAAGCAUCACACACAAACACUAAUAGUAAAUUUUUUAUUCUAAUUGAUUCGCUUGGACUGAUUCCCCAGAUUGCUUCUGUACGCAAUCUAUGCACGGAAAUGGAAUUAGAAGAGUAUGAAUAUUAUAACUGCAUUCAGAUUGCCUCAGAUAUUGGAACAGAAAUUCUACCGGAUGUGUGCGAGAGGCUUAUAUUUAGUAUGUCUGCCCGCAUACACAAUGGAGCUCUCAAAUGCACAUGUAAUCCAGCUGGAUCUUUAAGUUCUACCUGCAGUAAGAUUGGAGGACGAUGUCAGUGUAAACCUAAUGUCGUUGGAGGCUGCUGUGACCGGUGUGCCGUGGGCAGUUACGAUUUUGGCCCAAGUGGUUGCCGAGAAUGUGACUGUGAUAGCAAAGGAUCAAUUAGUACCCUAUGUGACCAGGUGAGUGGACAGUGUGCCUGCCGCAGAGACAUACAAGGACGUCGCUGUGAUAGCUGUUUGCCUGGAUAUUAUGGAUUUCCAAACUGCCGACCCUGUCAGUGCAAUGGCAAUUCAGAGACAUGUGAUCCAUUUACUGGUGUUUGUAAAGGCUGCAAGGGAUUUACCAAUGGGACCAACUGUGAGCGGUGCCUUGAUCAUUAUUAUGGCAAUCCAAUAACAGGACAACCAUGUCGCCCAUGCAUGUGUCCAGGAUCUCCUACAAGCAAUCAGUAUUUUGCAUAUUCUUGUCAACAAGACAGUGAGACUAUGGAGGUGACUUGCAACUGUCUUGAAGGUUAUACAGGAAAGAACUGUAAUGAAUGUCCUGAUGGCUUUUAUGGAAAUGUGGAAGAAGGGGAAAAGUGCUCACCAUGUCAAUGCAAUAGCAACAUUGAUGUAAAAGAUCCUGACUCGUGUGAUAAGAUUACAGGAGAGUGCAUGAAGUGUAUGAAUAACACAUAUGGUCCAAAUUGUGAAUCCUGUCUACCUGGUUACUUUGGAUCAGGACUUCAUCAAAACUGUUCAAGUUGUAUUUGCAAUCCAAAAGGAACAAAUGCUCAGAAUUGUUCCAUUUAUGAGGAAGUUGGAGAAUGUGUCUGUGACAGGACUACGGGACAGUGUCCAUGCUUGCCUAACGUGGUUGGCAUUAGCUGUGAUAAAUGUGCUUCUGGAUACUGGGGCUUCAAUACUGCAAAAGGAUGUCAACCCUGUAACUGUUCCCUCAAUAAUUCCUAUGGAAACCAAUGCAAUCAGUUUACAGCUCAGUGUCUAUGUAAACCAAAAUACAAAGGAAGGAAAUGUGACAAAUGUGAAGAAAAUUACUAUGGAAAUCCAGCAGUUCAAUGUAUACCCUGUAGGUGUAACUUGGAAGGUACUCAAAAACCCAUGUGUGAUAAAGACACUGGUUCAUGCAACUGUAAAGCUGGGGUCGCUGGACAAAACUGUGAUCAGUGUGCUCCUAAAUUCAGGCAAGAAUUCCCUGCGUGUCCACGAUGUCAUAUGUGCUUUGAUCAGUAUGACACAGAAGUAUCAACUCUAUCAACUUCUGUCCAUGCAUUGGUAAGAUUAGCAGCAAAUAUUGGUCCCAGAAGAUCACCAGCUGGCUGUGAUGUCCACAUGAGUAUCCUCCAAGAUAAACUUUCUGCUAUUGAGAAAAUGUUUCGGAGUCCAAUUCUGUCACCUGAGAAGUACAAUACAGUGAAGAAAUACUAUGACAGCAUACGCCAAAAAAUGGAUAAAAUAAAGGUUCCAGAUUUUGGAAAAUUCUAUGAAAUUGCAGAAAUGAAUAAAACUAUUUCAGAUAUGGGAAAAGAGAUUGAUGCUUUAUUCACUGAGCUUAAUAAAAUAAAGAAAAAGAAAGAGAAAGAAAAGAUCAUCAAUGUUAAAGAUAGUGAAGAGUCUUUGGUGAAGAUGACCAAAUACUACAAAGUAUCUUUAUCUGCAGCGGAGAGCGCACGCAAUGCUACUCCCAUUGUCAAGACAGCAACAAAAACAAGGAAAAACAUUUUAAAUGCACUGAACGCUCUAGACACAAAAGACAAACAAAACUCUGACAGACUGAAUAAAAUGAAACCACUACAAAUAAGCAAAAUGAAUGAGCUGGUUUGUGGAACAGUCUGGGACUUUCCUUGUGAUAUCGCACCAUGUGGAGGAGCUUUAUGCAGAGAUAGAUUUGGAAAGAGAAAAUGUGGUGGACCAAAUUGCAAUGGUGCAUUGCCACUGGCCAAAGAUGGCUUGAGUAAAGCAAAUGAAACAGAUGCUAAGCUAAAAAGUGUUGCAGUUCAUCUACUUGAUUCAGAAAAACAGAUUGAAAACAUCAGGCAAUUAGCUGAAGACACAAAGUUAAAAGCUUCACAGCUGAACAAAACCCUAAGCAAGGCAAUGAGUCGCAUAGUAGCCGACAAAAAUCACGCUAAAGAGCUUAUAAAGAAUGUUAAAGAUUUUCUUUUGGACAGCAUACCUGUCCACCAAUGCCGAAGAAAGAGUGCUCUGGGUGGAGGCCAACCUAAGACGCCACAAGAAUUUGAUGCUGUUGCAACCCCAGAAGAAAUAGAGAAAAUAGCCAAUGAAAUUCUCGCUAUUAAGCUGCCAGCUGCACCUUAUGAGUUAAUUAACAUGCUAAACAAGAUUAAAAAGUAUUGUGACGAAUACAAGGAAAACAAGAAAAACUGGAAGAAACAACUAGAAGAAGUGCGAAAACUCACCCAGCAAGCAAAAGAUGCGAAGAAAGCAGUUGAAAAUCUUCCUAAUGGAGACGAAAUUCGAAAUAAUUUGAAACAAGCUGAAAAUGCUCAGAAGAAAACAAGUACUUUAUUAAAAAAUGUGAAUAAUGAUAUCAAAGAUAUCAGAAACAAACUUUCUCAGGCUCAAGCAACAGCAGAUAUGGUUGACAUCAAAUUAAAAGCUAUAAAAGAUACGCACUCACAAAUGGAGUCAAGAAUUGCAGAACUGCAAGAAAAAAUGCUAAAAAACAGGAUUGCAGCUGAUAAAGCACAGAAGGGGGCAAAUAAUGCAUUAAAAGAGGCAUCUGAAAGUAAAGAUGAUCUAAAUAAUCUAAAAAAAAAAUAUGAGCUGCUGAAGGAAAAGCUAAAGAAUCAGGAAAUCCCUCCAGAAAUUUUAGAGAGAUUACAAAACUUGAAGAAAAAUGCUGAAGAUCUGGUCAAUACUAUCAAUGAAAAAUUUGAACGUAUAUCAGAUUUAGAAGAGAAGAUUGAUGACCUGAACAAAGCUAAUGAAGACAAAGCCAAUGAGCUCCUACAAUUGGAGCAGAAAGCCGGCGAGCUUAAGGACUACAUAGUUCAGGAAGAAAUUAAGCAAGUUAACUGCAGAGACUAG